GCGCUGUGUGAGUUAAGAGAAGCAUCCUCAUCAUCAUCAUCAUCAUCAUCAUUAUGUUUAUGUCUGAUCUCCUUCCAAUAUAUGCAAAUUUCCAAAAUCAGGGGUAUGGUUUUCCCUUCACCCCUCAUACCUACCCAAAUCCUGAGCUACCAGAAGCUGGAAAAAGAUUUAUUUCCACCGAUAUGCUUUCAGGCGACCCCUGGGCCCUUUACCAUGGUGCAGUGUGGAAAAAAAAAAGUACCCGUCAUGAGUUCAUAAGAAAGGUUUUUCUGAUUCUGGUGAUGCAGCUGUUCGUGGUGAACUCGUUCACGGCCAUGUUCACGUUCACCGAUCCAGUGCGUCUCUUCAUCAUCCAGAAUCCUGUGUUUUACUGGUUUUCUCUCGCCAUGUUUUUCUCCGUGUACAUCUUGUUGGAGUACUGUGAAAAACGGAGACAGUUUCCUGUGAACCUGUUUCUCCUGCUCAUAUUCACUCUCACUAUGUCCUUUACGGCAGGAACAGUAUCAAGUUAUUACAAGGGGAAUGGCAUGCUCGUGUAUCUUGGAAUAAUCUUGCUGGCGUGUGCGGCCAUAACAGUCUUCAGUUUCCAGACCAAGGUAGACCUCCUUUCCGGGACUGGUUUGGUCUGUGUUUUGAGCAUUUUGCUUUUGAUCACAGGCAUCAUCACCGCCAUCAUCGUCAGCAUUCACCUUGUUGAGUUGCAGAUCAUGUUGUUUGCUGCUAUCUUAGCCAUCUUUUACAUGCUGUUCCUGGUAUACAGAACUAGGACGCUGUUGGAGGGCCGGACUCGUCGCUUAAAACCGAAUGAGUACGUGUUCGGAGCUCUGCAUCUCUACGCCAACAUCGCUCUUAUCCUGCUGCUGCUGUGCAUUGGUUUCAGCUCCAAUUGAACACACACACAAGAUGCAUCUAUUUGCGAAGCUUCGCUAAAGCAAUUUAUUUCAGUCCACUAAACAACUAACUAACCUAAACUACCCCUCUUCAAUCCUCGACACUCCUGGGGCAUCCACAUCGUCUCCUUCUAGACAACCCUCUGCUCGAAAAGACAAGUUAUAGACGCUGAAGUGCCUUGAAUAAAUAUUUCCUUUAUCUAA